AUGGGGCUGAACAUAUCCAAGAUGCUCGCCCUUAGCAAGGCUCCUUUCUACAGUAUCGUCCUAGGGAACGCGGCUACACCGAUUGGCUCGGUGACCCUGCCAGUUACCUUUGGGACAAAAGAAAACUACCGUAUAGAGUACAUCAAGAUCGAGGUGGCAGGCUUUGAGUCAUCAUACCACGCCAUCCUCGGCAGGCCUGCUUUGGCCAAAUUCAUGGCCGUACCCCACUACGUCUACCUGCUCGUCAAGGUGCCAGGCAAGACAGGGGUGCUCACCUUUUGCGGUGAAUUGAAAAAGUCAUAUGGCUGCAACCAAGAGGCAAUUGAGUACACCUUGACUACUCACAUGCCAGAAUGUUCUUCUGAAGUCUUUGCGGCCGUGCACCAGCUCUCGUAG